AUGUUUGAUAGAAGUCUUCUUCUGUUGUUACUUCUCCCCUGUCUAAUAUCUACGCAACUUGUUGAUCUAACAGAUAAAACAUGGAGAGAAAUGCUCACUGGUCAAUGGAUGGUAGAAUUCUAUGCACCAUGGUGUCCAGCUUGUCAACAGUUCAAACAAAUCUGGAGGGAUUUUUCUAAUGCGAUGUCAUCGAGAAAUAUUAAAGUAGGUGCUGUUGAUGUCGAUAAAUAUCAGUCACUCUCCGGUCGUUUUCGUAUUUCGUCAUUGCCUACUAUUUUACACGUGCGUGAUGGUGUUUUUCAUCAAUAUGAAGGUGAACGUUCAUUACGUGGUUUAAGAAAUUAUAUUGACAAAGAAGAAUGGCUAAAAAGUGGUCCGAUGUCAUCUAGCUUUGCUCCAGAUAGUCUUGUAAUGUCAUUAAUAAGUUAUGUUUUCGAUUUAUCUCUACUUGUCAAGAAUGCUUAUUCAAUACUAUUGGAUCAAUACGGAUGGCCAGCAUGGCUCAUCUAUACAGUAUUUGGCAUUGCCAUGGUUAUCGUAGGAAUUAUCAUUGGAUUUAUUUCGCUUAUGAUAAUGGAUUGUAUCAUAGCUGCUUGGUAUAAAAUGUAUUAUACAUUGUUUAGAAAGGCUAAAAAGGAUGAAUCUGAUGCAGAAUACUUAGAAGACGCAGAACAAAAUCCAAUAGGUGAAGAUGAAAGUGAUACGACCAAAGAUGAAUUAAAUACUCCUGAUGAUGUCGAAAGAGCAAUAGAGGAAGAUAUAAAUCAGCCGACAACAGCAACAGAUCAAACUGUGCGUCAACGUCGAUUGAAAGAUUAA